UGCUGCGAGUCGACGCUCAGAACCUCUUUAAUUUUUCUUUAUUUCUUUGUGAGAGAAAAAAAAAAACCAAUGUCAACAAACACCGACUGGUACGUACCACGUUGAUACUACUACUGCUGCACCACUUUUUGCUCUACGUUUGAUUUGAAUUUGGCCGCGGGAAGCGAACGACUCCGCGACGCGUACCGACAAUUUAUGAUUAUUGCGUUCGCCCAACCCAACCCAAUACGAUUCGAUAACGAUAUCACGACGAAGCGACCGUCACAACCGCACACCCGGCCACCUGGCUAGGGCUUCCAAAUUAUCGCUUUAAUACGAGAUGCAGGCUCAAGGAGGAUCUCAACGUUCGAUGCAGAGAAGAUCGCCCGGCGCAGAACCAGGCCCGCCGCCGAAUAUUCCCGUGCGAUCCAUAUCUCCCGCGGUUAAUAUGAUGACUGGACCGGUUCAACCACGCGCCUCAACGGCUUCAAACAGGUCAACUGGAAGCAGUAGCGGAGGCGGCGGUGCGGUAUCUUAUGGCCCAGGAAAUUCUGGAGGAGGCAGCACCCGGCGGACAAACUCAUCGGGCAGCUCCGCAAUGCCCCUAUCGCAAAUAGAAAAGAGUGUCACACGGCUACUCGUGGCAACAAAGCAGCUGUUGGAAAUCCUUACACAAUGGUCGCGUGGUCAGGCAACAGACAGCCAAGUGUCGGAUGUUUAUGUCAGACUCGGUUACGAGUUCAACAUGGCUUGCCGUGCUUUUGGUGCCAUCAACGUCGAUACUAGUGAUUUGGGAAACGUGCCCGAAAAGCUGCGGAACAUUCUUGAAUCAACACUUAGUCAAGAAGCCAGCGUCGAGAGUUUGGAGAACUACUUGCCCAAGAUCCGCGAUAUUAUAAUUAACCUCCUCCACGGUCUCAAGAGAAAACAGCAAAAGCUGAGGCAAAAGCCGCGGGACAGGGAAGAUACUUCGGCCCCUGAUAACAACUUGGGUCGGACCUCGAGCACCAGCACCACGGCAAGCACAAAUACUGGUUUGAGCUCGCUAUUAAAUGAAGGAAUUGAAAAUGGGUACCGGCCCGAUUCUCAGAGCGGGCCGAGCAAGAAUGCAGCGAACAACAGGCGAAUGCCACGGGACCAGUCUCAAAACUCAGUCGCUUCCGAGCAGUCAUCGUUAUCGAGCAAUACCAUGCAAAACAUGCCGGUACUUCCUCCAUAUCCUGGCGAUGAUCCCAUUCCCGACCGACCACCGCCGCAAGAAACAGUCGACGUAAACUCAUUCCCCCCGCCACCUCCACCGAAGGCUCAACAAAGCGCGCUUGCGGCGCUACAGAGAGGCGGGGAUUUAGAAAGAAGAGCUUCACGGAGAUAUUCGGCUUAUCAAAUAUCCAAGCAUCUUGGCCCAGGCGCAAAUGGCAUACCUAUGCUCCCCGCGCAGAUGGGGCCUAUUCCCAACAGAGGCCGUGGGGAGAUCAAGGAAUCGCUGCGCGCAGUACAGGGAAGGUCAGACACGCGUCGAACUCCAAACCAACGUGCCUCACGUCUGGAUGGUUCGCCUGUCCGUAACCCAAGUCGUGUCACGGAAGACAAGCAGCCAUUCGACUCUGAGCAAUCCGACUCCCAGUCAACCAUAAGGCAGCCUCAGACCAGCGCCACGCUCAGGGGCCCUCCUACCGACGACUUUCCCGUCGGUGUACCUGACGAUGGAGACCUGACCCCGCAGCCCUCGCGAACCAACGCCAAGGACUACAUAUCAGUCGAGAAAGAGCCUGCAACAGCUGCGACGACGACACCAGAAAAGAAAUCUCCGGGCGAGCAGUCGCCGACAAGUACGAAGGAGCUCACCCUAUUUUUGCAGUACAAGUCGAAGGUCAAAAAGUUUGUGCUCCCCAGUGGAUACAGUGGGCUUACGCUUGGACGCCUACAACUUGCGUUUAUCGAGAAGUUCUCUUGGAACACUCAUAACAACGGAGCCGAUUUACCCGAAAUUUACAUCCAGGAUCCGGUAUCGGGGGUUCGACACGAACUUGAGGAUCUUGCUGAUAUCAAAGAUCGUACCGUGCUUGUGCUCAAUGUCGAGGCCCUGGACGAGGUCAAGAGACAUAUUGACGAGGGACUGAAUUCGAUCAAGACGAUUGUGAGGGAAGUCAAACAGAACGUGGACGACCACUCGACGGCUCUGCAAAGAGUUUCGGAUAGGCAGCAGGAAGCUGCAAAAGAAAUCGCACGCCUGGCAGCUGCACCACCGCAGGCACCUAUGACACCACCGGCCGAACACUCGCCGCGAUCAUCAGCCACUACAUCGGCACCUGUUGUUUCUCGAAGACCAAAUCCCAAUGAGUUGUCUGAGAUCAGGAAUCUGCGACGUGAUCUGGCCGUCCUACGGCAGACAUACUCGCACUUUCAGUCCGAAAUUGAAGGCUCCAUGGCGUCACUGCGGACCAAGGCCAACAAUGUCAAGGUUGCAGCAGCCAAGGCAUCUAUGCCUGAUACUGAGGGCGGAGGUGGCCAGGCAUACGUUAUCAAGGGUCGCAAGCAGCUCAACACCGACUCUGACAGACUUGUCACGCAGGUCGACGACCUUCAGGAUAUAGUUGAGGAUCUUCGCAAGGAUGUCGUCACCCGUGGUGUCCGUCCUCGCCCACGCCAGCUGGAGACGGUUGCUAAGGAAAUAUCACAGCUUACCAUAGAGCUUAAGAAAAUGGAGGAGUACAUGAAACGUGAGAAGCCCGUGUGGACACGAAUCUGGGAGAAGGAGCUGGAAGAAGUCUGUCAAGGUCGUGAGGAGCUGCGCAUUAUGGAGGAGCUUAUGAUCGAUCUUCAGGACGAUCUGGAAAAGGCAUCCGAGACCUUCGCACUUGUGGAGCAGGCAACCAAAGAACAGCUCAAAGAUUCCGGAGCAGGCAAUGCCGCCGGGCCGAUUGGUCCUGGUGUGCUCAGGCAGUUCUCAAGGGGCCUGGAGAACAUCGGCAACAACGCUCUUGUCGACCCCUCAGCUGCCAAAGAGGGCGUCCUUGGAGAGGUGCGGGCUUUGCAGCCGAACCACGAGAAUCGACUAGAGGCCAUCGAACGCGCCGAGAAGUUACGGCAGAAGGAGCUCGAAACACGCAAGGGCAACGCAUUGACUAAGGAAAUCACGGCGUUUGUGGGUGAAGGCAAGCUCAAGAAGUCCGGAGGCUUUGAGGAAGUUGAACGGGCCAGAAAGGCAAUGGAUGAUAAGAUUCGCAGGGAGGUUUGGGAGAGGCAGAAUGGUAUUGUGCCAGAAAAUCCUGUUGGCGAGGAAGCAGCACCUGAGACGGGUGACAACGUGGCUGAAGUUGAACCUGAUCAGGCUGCCCCGCAAACUUGACUUUGGCUGGAGUCUGACGAGACGGAAUGAUGUUCUUGGAAAGAAGAGGAUGUAUCCAUCACACUAUGUUUCUUUUUUUCUGUCCUAUCAACAGAAUAUUGCCCGAUACGCGCAAUGGGUUUCGGUCGCAUUUCUUACGUUCAUAUUUUUGAUGCUUUCCAUUCAGCUGUCGGACAAGACUUGAUUACAUUUAUCUUUUUUUCACGUUCGCAGGGCACGUUUUGGAGCGUUGUUUAUAGCAUAUACUAGCUUUUUCGAGGCCCCUUUCUGUUCACUUUUAUCUUUCUGUACUAUGUUUUUUUUUUCGGUAAUUGGGUGGGCGUUUGUUCUCGUGAAGCGUGGAGCAUUUGUCAUUAUUUGGAUCUCAACUUGACAUGUACGUUACUUUGAGUAUCUUCGUUUUGUCCCGGUUACACUCUUGGCUUUCUCGACUUGGAUCCCCCGGGAUUAGGUAUAUGCGUCUUGGAGUCUUAAUACCUGUCUAGAAUUCC